GUCGCCUUCCGACCUACAUGCCCCACUGACUCGGACAGGAGGCAGCUACAGCUGGGGUGAUUAACAACACAGUCAAACGGUCCUUACCUCGACAUUACCUAUCCAUAAGCCAUUACGUCGCAGGCAAACGGCGACGGGCAGCAACUGUCGCGAUGCUUCUUCUCGACUACCAGAAUGUGCUGAUUCAGUCGGUCCUGACGGAGCGGUUCUCAGGGGCCGCCCCUGUCAACAUCGAUCAGACUGUGUCCGAUUUCGACGGCGUCAUCUUCCACAUCUCGACUCCCGAGGCCAAAACUAAAAUCCAAGUCUCCAUCCAGAUAAAAUGCUGGCGCGACCUCGUCAAGUAUGGUGCCGAGCAGGUCCUCAACCGCGAGUAUGGCGAGUAUGUCGUGCCUCCCGAGCCAGGCUAUGACUUCUCCGUCACGGUCGAUUUAGACAAUCUUCCAGCUGAAAAGGAGGCGAAAGACGAGCUGGUCAGGAAGAUAUCUUUGCUCAAGCGAAACGCCAUGGCUGCGCCAUUCGAGCACGCCUACGCGGAGCAUUACAAGCUGAAAGAGGAAGCGUCCAAGUUCACGUCCGAGGAGGCCCCGCAAGGCGUACGAGAGGGCGGAGAGGUCAUGUCGAUCCAUUAUCGCGAGGAGGAGGCUAUUUACGUCAAAGCGAGCCAUGACAGAGUCACUGUCAUCUUCAGCACCGUCUUCAGGGAGGAGACAGACCGCGUGUUUGGGAAGGUGUUCAUCCAAGAGUUUGUGGAUGCCAGACGGCGAGCCAUCCAGAAUGCACCACAGGUUUUGUUCCGUACAGACCCGCCCCUGGAGCUUCAGGGUGUUCCGGGGGUCCAAAACUCCAGCACUGGUGAAAUAGGCUAUGUCACUUUCGUCCUAUUUCCUCGACACCUGACCCCGCAGCGCAUGCCGGAGGUGAUCUCGCAUAUCCAGACGUUCCGCGAUUACUUCCACUAUCAUAUCAAAGCCUCAAAGGCAUACAUUCACUCGAGGAUGCGACGACGUACGGCAGACUUCCUCCAAGUGCUCCGGAGGGCCAGGCCCGACAGCGAGGAGAAGGAACGCAAAACGGCUAGUGGGCGGACUUUCAAAGUCCAGGGCGCUUGAUGCGGUAGCCUUUUUGGGACAACUUGAAGAGUAGCAGUUUGCAAUCCCAACUACUAGAAGAGAGUCAGCAUUCAUUUGUCAUUCUUCAUCAAGUUGCUAAUUCAUUCUUGGGCGGCCGAGACACAGAAAGAAGCAGGGCAUAGGGGCGCUCGUGACUACUCCAUAUUACGAAGCCCGCAGACAAGGGUAUGGGUGACAUGGGUUUUGAAGAGAAAAAAUAAGACCAAUAAAAUUAUCCAGAACCUGCAAA